AUGAGUUUCUUUAGGUCUAAAAAGAUGAGAUAUUAUAGUUUAGUAAUUCCAAGAGAGAGUGCUUGGGUUGUAAUGAAUGAAUUAGCAAGAUUAGAUUAGUUGCAUUUUGUAGAUUAUGAUCCACAAUUACCAAUGAUCAGCAGACCAUUUGCUAAUUAUGUGAAAAGAUGUGAUGAUUCCAUUUUUAAAUUGAGUUGUCUAGAGCAGCUCUUAAAGGAAUUCAAAAAAAAUCUGAUUUAUUGUGAAAAUGUAGAUAGUUUACUAGAUUAUUUCCAUUAAGUUCAAUAUGAUAGAAUGAAACCAGGUCAUACCUAUUUUGAUGAGUUAGAGUAAGAGAUUGACCAAAAAAAAAUAUAAAUUCAAGAGUAAUCUGCUAAUUUGCAAAAUCUAUUGGAUAGAGUAAAUAUCAUCACAGAAUAAAAAUUGGUUUUGGAAAAUGCAAAAGAAAUUCUGGGCUAAUCAGUGUUCUAAUAAUAAACACCACAUAAUGUAAAUGAUUAUUAAUAAUUAAAAUUUGGUUAAAUAAUAGGAGUAAUUGAUAAAGAAGAAGAAGUUAGAUUUAAAAGAAUUAUAUUUAGAGUGACCAAAGGCAAUGCCUGGGUCUAAAUAAAGGAUUUAAAUAAUUAAUAAGUAGACAAUUCCAUGAGAAAAUCAUUUCAUCUUAAUUAAAAUAAUACAUCUUAGCCAAGAUGUCUCUUUGUAAUUGUGUAUCCUGGAGCUGAUGAAUCAAGUUCUUUUAGAAUGAAAUUGAUGAAGGUUUGCGACUCCUUCAAUAGAUAGAGAAUUGAGUAUCCAAAUUCGAUGGAUGAUAUGCAAAAAAAGAUGAUUGAAUUGACUUAGUAAUUAUAGGAAGCCAAGAAUUUAAUAGAAAUGACAAAGCAAUAAUUGGAGCAAUCAUUAGAUGGUUUAGUAUUGUAGAAAUAAGGAUGUAAUUGCUCUUAUUUUGAAUACAUGCGUUUAUAUGUAUUGAAGGAGAAGUACCUUUAUGUAAAUUUAAAUUACUUAACAAUGAGAGGAUCAAUCUUUACAGGAUAUUUUUGGUUACCAGAAGGAUUAGAACUUGUGGUUGAAGAAAAACUUAGAAAUGCUAUGAAAAAUAAUCGAGAUCAUUAUCCCACUGGUUAAAUUCAAGAACUGAAAGCUUACCUCUAUACUCCUCCUACCUAUUUCAAUUUGAAUGAAGUCACUAUGCCAUUCUAGGAAAUCGUGAAUACUUAUGGAGUGCCUCGAUAUCAAGAAGUCAACCCUGGUUUAUUUACCAUAAUCACAUUCCCAUUCUUAUUUGGAGUCAUGUUUGCUGAUAUUGCUCAUGGAUUCAUGUUAUUUCUAUGUGGAAUAUAUUUAAUAUUUUGGAAAAAAUCCCUUUAAAAGAAAACAGAUUCUAUGUUCAAUUAGAUGAUACCCUUCAGGUAUUUAAUCAUCUUGAUGGGUUUCUUUGCACUUUAUAAUGGAUUCAUUUAUAAUGAUUAUCUAUCAAUAUCUUUGAAUCUUUUUGGCAGCUGUUAUUCACCAGAAAAUGAAGAAUGGAAGAAAGAAUCAAAAGAUUGUGUUUAUCCAUUUGGAGUUGACCCAGUUUGGCAAGCAUCUGGAUCAAGUUUGAAUUUCAUGAAUUCUUAUAAAAUGAAACUAUCUGUCAUCUUAGGUGUGAUUCAUAUGUUAUUUGGUAUUCUAAUGAAAGGAGUCAAUACCCUUUUUUUUAAAAACUACCUAGAUUUCUAUUGUGAAUUCAUUCCUCAACUAUUAUUUAUGAUUUGUACUUUUGGAUGGAUGGAUUUCAUUAUAAUAGUCAAAUGGUUGAAUACAUAUGAAAAUAAUACUGAUCCAAGCAUUAUUGAAACUAUGAUCAACUAAGUUUUGAAACCGUUUGAUGAACCUGUUAAUCCUGUGUUUCCUAAUGAUCCUUAGUUUUAAUUAAGAGUAACACAAAUCUUAACAUUGAUUGCUGUCAUCUGUAUACCUUGGAUGCUUCUUCCUAAACCAUUGAUUUUGGGUUCCAAACACGACAAUCAUAAAGUUUCUAUGUCUGAUUCUCAAUAUUAACCUUUAGUAAUGGAAAAAUAAGUUUCAGAAUCAGAUGAGGACAAUAAUUAGUAGUUUUAAAGUGAUUUGCAAAAUGCAGCCAAUCUUAAAAGCUUCUCUGAACAGAAUAAAGAAGAACAUGAUUCAGGUGAGAUUUGGGUUCACUAAAUGAUUGAAACCAUUGAAUUUGUAUUAGGAGGAAUCAGCAAUACAGCAUCAUAUCUUCGUCUUUGGGCUUUAUCAUUGGCACAUGGAUAAUUAGCUGAAGUAUUCUAUGACAUGUGUUUGGCUGGCAAAUUGGAUGCUGGAGGCAUUUUGGGGGGAUUAUUGGGGGGAUACUUUUAUAUUGUCUUUGCUUUGCUUACUUUUGGAGUGUUAAUGACUAUGGAUGUUAUGGAAUGCUUUUUGCAUGCUCUUCGUUUACAUUGGGUUGAAUUUCAGAAUAAGUUUUUUAAAGCUGAUGGAUACUUGUUUAAUGGGUAUUCUUACAAAAAAAUAUUGAAUGACAAUCUGAAAUAGGCAAAUUCAAAAUGA